AUGAUUUAUUGUUGCGUCACUUUUAUCAGUGACACAAAGUACGCAUGUCCUUGGCUUUCCUCCAGAACUGAUUUUACUUUCACCCUUUGCACCUCGGAAAGUUUUCUGUGUUCCCAGGCCUCAGCUGUCACAGACAUGCUUUCUCUGUCAUUACGGCAAACAUUACGGCCCCUCUUCUUCAGGGUUUCAGGAUGUUUGGGCCGUGAGGGGCAGAUCACAGCGGAGUCGUACAGGCGAGGCCUCAGCGGCACCGGUGGGUGGACGGGACAGGAGAGUCUGGCGCAGGAUGACCCAGAGAUGUGGAGUCUCCUGCAGCAGGAGAAGGACAGGCAGUGUCGGGGACUGGAGCUCAUUGCAUCAGAGAACUUCUGCAGCCGUGCAGCGCUCGAGGCCCAGGGCUCCUGUCUGAACAACAAAUACUCUGAGGGAUACCCAGGACAAAGGUACUAUGGAGGAGCAGAGAUUGUAGACCAGAUUGAGCUGCUGUGUCAGAAGCGAGCGCUUAAUGCCUUCGGUUUGGACCCAAAUCUCUGGGGCAUCAAUGUCCAGCCAUACUCCGGAUCCCCCGCUAAUUUUGCAGCCUACACAUCUGUAUUGAAGCCUCAUGACCGCAUUAUGGGCCUGGAUCUGCCUGACGGAGGACACCUUACUCACGGCUACAUGACAGACACCAAGAGAAUCUCAGCCACCUCCAUCUACUUUGAAUCGAUGCCUUACAAGCUAGAUCCCAAAACAGGUCUGAUAGAUUACGACCAGCUGGAGAAGACCGCCCGACUCUUCCGACCCAGACUCAUCAUAGCAGGAACCAGUGCCUAUGCUCGCCUCAUCGACUAUUCUCGCAUGAAGAAGCUGUGUGUAGAGCUUAAUGCCUACCUGCUGGCAGACAUGGCUCACAUCAGCGGCCUGGUAGCAGCAGGAGCUGUUCCCUCUCCUUUCCAGCACGCUGACCUGGUCACCUCCACUACCCAUAAGUCCCUGCGUGGAGCAAGGGCUGGGCUGAUCUUCUACCGGAAAGGUGUGCGGUCUGUGGAUAAGAAAGGACGGGAGGUGACCUAUGACCUCCAGGACAGGGUGAACUUUGCUGUGUUCCCGUCACUUCAGGGAGGACCUCACAAUCAUGCCAUUGCAGGGGUGGCCGUCGCACUCAAACAGGCUUCCACUCCCAUGUUCAAACAGUACAUUGCUCAAGUGCUGCUGAAUGCCAAGUGCAUGGCUAAUGCUCUGCUGAAGAAAGGCUACACCCUGGUGUCAGGUGGAACAGACAACCACUUGGUCUUAGUUGACCUUCGACCUCGCGGGAUGGACGGGGCUCGAGCUGAGAGGGUCCUGGAGCUUGUGUCCAUCACUGCAAACAAAAACACCUGUCCCGGAGACAAAAGCGCUCUCACUCCAGGAGGACUCAGGCUCGGUACUCCAGCUCUGACCUCCAGACAGUUCAAGGAGGCAGACUUUGAAAAGGUCGUGGACUUUAUCGAUGAAGGGAUUCAGAUCGCACUGGAUGUGAAGAAGAAGACUGGAAAUCUGGCCAGCUUUAAGUCUUUCCUGCUGGAGGACCCAGCCACAGUCUCUCGCAUCGCAGAGCUCCGCCAGCGGGUGGAGCUAUUCGCCAGACCCUUCCCCAUGCCUGGAUUUACUGACCACUGAUUAACACCACACACAGAGCAGCAGGCAAUUUCCUCACCACAUCAUGGAUAUUACCUUUAUUACUCCUGCAAUGCAAUAGUCAUUUGAUAAUGUUACCAUGAAAUAGAGCAUUGUUUUAAACACUGUCAAGUUCACGUCAGCUGAAACUUGUUUAAUCAGUUUGCAGCAGCAGCAGUCACAGUCACAUUUCUAUAUUCAGCUAAUGACUUUAUAUUUGCCACAUAACAUUAAAACUGUAAUAUGAUGAAUCAAAGCUUGAUCAAUAAAGUCAUAUAAUACAAAAUGCCAGAUAAUACAGAUAUACUGUAAGUUUUUUUUCAUGUAUUUGUCAGCAACUACAACUUUUCAUGUGAUGCAUCUAUAUAAGGAGACUACUACUUAAACAGAUUAUGAUGUUAUAGUAAAACAAAGUUGUAAAAAUAUAAAAUGACAAAUAAUAUUUGCCAAUUAAAGCUUGAAAAUGUCUUUAUAUCUGCUUACAUUAUAGUGCAUUAUAAACCAUUUAUUAAAGGUUCGUAUACUGCUGUAAUUUUCAGAAAUAUAUCACAUAAGCAGAUUUCAGUGUAUCUGUAGCCCAUUUAGUGGAACAAUCUAUUACAAUAUGACAACCUAACGACUUUGGGAAAUUAUGUUUGAACCUGUUUUCUGCCAGAAAGCAAUGCUUUAUUUUCUCACAGUGUUGCACAGUAAUGUACAUUAUUUUGCAGUUAAUGCUUUAACAGCUGCUGCACUUGUUCUAUACGUUUUCCACUUCUCAGACCGUUGUUUCCUACUUUAAGCCAAGAAGGACACCCACAAAACCACAAACCAAAAGGGGAACUGUUAAACAGCAUAAACUACAUUUUAGAUUGUACGAUAUAUGUAGUGUAGAUCCUUAUUGCAAUAAAAGCUGAUCCUCCAUG